AGUAGAAACAAAAAAUUGAGUCAUAAAAUUGUUUUUUAAAAAAGUAGUAAAAUUUUACUAUUUGUGCUACAUAACAAGUGUGUAAUGCCAAACAAUUUUUUUUGCUGAAAAUAAAUAAAAUAUUAACGAAUGACAAAUUAAAUCAAAGUAACAAAAAAUGGAUAUUUCAGAAUUUAUCAGUCCAUUGGAAACAGUUCAAGUACUUUCAGUUUUUAAUUACAUAAACAUUCUCAGUGAUUUUCUUUAUACUGAGCAAUAUCUCGAUAAAAAUGAUCAACAUAAACGUAUUCCAAUUGUCAAUGCUCUAUAUCAUUAUUUACUAAUUGACAAAAACAAUAAGAAUAUUCAAAGGAGAAAAGUUUAUUUAACAAAAAAAUUAAUAAACGGAACUGAUUUAUACGGUGCAAAAGAAAACGAAACACCCGAUUUAUAUUUUAUUGAAACAUUAUUUACACACAUUAUCAAUAGUCUCGUGUUCGAUAGAUUUGUCAAUAUUUUUGGUUUUAUAGCAAAUUGCAUUCAAUACACGAGGGACGAUUCUUUAAUUAAUUUGCAACAUUAUAUAAAAAAAGUUCUAAUUAGUUUAACAUUUGAAAAUGAAUACGGUGAUGAUUCAGAAUUAAUUCCACUUGCUGUUGAUACAAUUUUUAACGAUCUAAUCGUACCUUUAUUUCCACAACCGACAAUAUAUCCUAUUAAUGUUACAUCUGUUGAUUAUAUUUAUGCAAUGGCUGGUAAUAUGUUUUUACGAUCUAAAGAGACAAAUUUAUUCGAUAAAUAUUUAAAUAUUAGGGGAAAAGUUGAUGAGAGAAAGUAUCAAGAAUACAUCGAAAUUGGACAUGUUAUUGAACAAUUGGUAUUGGCUGAAAAGGUGGAUAAAUUAGCUUUAAGGAUUUUUGCACUGCCUGCAUUGAUAAAUUAUGUUUAUAAAGAGAGAAAAAAUUUGGAAUCGAUACAAGAAAUCGUGAAUAGCGAACAUCAUUGGCAGGAGGCGUAUCGACAUCUCUUUACCUAUUUGAAUAAUUCUUUUUCAGUUAUGGAAAAAAUACAGGAUAACAAUUAUAGAUAUCAAUUUUAUUCAGCAAUGUCGAAUUUCAAGAACCGGAGCACUUUGGCAAGGGAAAUAAUUGAGAUGAACUGUAUCGAAAUUUCAGAAAUGGUAAUGAAAUCCGAGAUCAUUAGAUAUGAAAAUAAUCCUCAAAAUUACAAAUGCCUAUUUCCAUACAAUGAUAAUCCGCUAGAUGAUCUUAAUUUUCUUUAUCAAGAAACGAUAAGUAAUAUUACAAAAAAAUACUAUAUUUACGAACUUGAAUCAUCAAGAUCGGUAUUUGGAAACAAUUUCAUAAAUCAAAUUGACAAUACAACGGUUAUUGUAUCUAAAGGUUUAUUCCGCUAUUUCUAUUAUGGAGGUUUGGGUAUUACCGCCGAUCCCGUACAAAUGAUAAAUGCAUCUCACGAUUUACUACAAUUCUACUAUCCAAAAAUAGAAAAAUACGAAUACUACGCACUGGUUCGACACAAAUACAACGUUUCUCUAAUCAAAGAAGCCGAUAAUCCAAAAUUAUUUCGCAAAACUCUUGAAUUAGACGAAAACGAAAUAUUACGCUCUAAUCAAUUUCCAACAAUACUGAAAAGCGAAGAGGAAAAAUUUGAAAAUAUUCUCAAAAAAAUUGCCACCGAAAGAGCUGACGUUUUUCAUAAAUCUUUAGAAUCUGGAGGCUACGAUGAAACACAACAAGAAUGGUGGAUUAAUUUUAGCAAAUCACUGAUUCCAUUUUACUCGUGUAUUAAAAAUAUUAAAAAACAAAAUUUACAAGAAGCUUCAUUUCUUUGUCCGUUGGAUGUUCUUUUUUUUAUUCCAGUUGCUGGUGAAAUUGGAAAUAUAGCCGGGAAAACUUUAUCUACAGUUGGGAGAGGAUUUUUAAUGAUUACGGAAACAACAUUGAGAACGCUAACAAUAAGAACUUCGAUUAAAACACUUUUGAGAGUAACUGGUAAAACAAUUGUAGAAGAAUUGAGCCGAUUUGGAGAAUUAUUUACAAGAGAAACUUUUCAAAAUUUAGGAAUUUCGUUGUUACGUUUCAUUGAUCCUGGAUUUGAACUGGCUUUCACGAUCGGUAGCAGAGGAUUAAGAUGCAUUAAAGCUCUUGUUCUUCAGGCAGAAAGAAGACUUUCCACAGAAUCACAAUUUCUAAGGGAACAAUUAUUUAGAGCCGAAUAUACAUUAAGUCAUUAUUCCCAAAGAGUUGAUCAAAUAUUUAAAAAAGAUGUCUAUGUAAAUACAAUUCUAGGUGUAAAUAGCGGUUACGGAUAUAAAUAUAUUUUAGCAAAUGGUCGAGUAGCUGAAAUUCGAACAGUUUAUCCAUCGUUAGAAAUUCCUCUAGUACGUCAAACUGAGAAAACGAAUCAGUUUAAACCGGUUAAAAAAUACAGUAAAAUUGAUCUUAAUACAGGGGAAUUAAUUCCAGAAACCUACUUUGAAGAUCAAGAAGGUAUAAUACUCUCUGAGGAGAAAACAUUUGAAUUUAAUUUUGUAAGCCUUGAAUCAUCUUUAUCCGAAGGUCCCAAUUUAUCAUGUGAUGGUAAAUGUCCAAAAUCUCACAAGGAGCGUUUUGCCGAAGCUUUGAAUUAUGCCCAAGGAAAAAUCUCCCAAGAAGUUGUUCAAGAGGAACUUAAAAAAUAUGCCUUUCCUAUUAAGGAAAAAACAGAAUUAGAUUUUGUUUCUGAUUGGAUUAAGAAUAAAGAACUUCCAAAUUGGGCUGAAAAUUACAAAAUAGAGGAAGCUGAAAUUUUUUACGAUUUACGAAAUAGAGAAGUGUUUGAUAAUAUUCAAUUAACUAGAAUCGAAGCAAGACAAAGAAUAGAAUCAAUUUAUCCUCCAGAGUAUGAAUAUUAUGGAUCAGCUGGUAUACGUGCUGAAUUUAUAACCACAGAUUUUAUUAAAAAAAAAGCUUAUAAAUUGCAAGCAUUUGAAGAUUAUUUUGCAAUUCGUAAUUAUUGUUCAGCGGGAUACAAAAGAAUAACGGCAAAUACAAAUGAAGCGAGACAAAUGAAAAAUGCUAUUUAUCGUUUAGCUAUUAGACAAUCCGAAGAUUUUAUACACGACUAUGCUAAAGUGUUAUUUAGAGGUGAAAAUCGAGUUUCAGAAAGUAUUGAUAAAUUAUUUGUACCUGGAGAGGAAUUAAUAUUUCAUAGAUUUACAUCAACAACAAGGAAAUUAGAAGCAGCGCUUGCAUUCACCGGAAGUAGUAGAUAUCCAUUUAGAAAAGUUGUCUAUGAAAUGGAAUUUUCCCAACCCUAUUUGCGAGCAAAUGUCGAAGAUUUAUCACCUCUUGAGGAAUAUGAAUCGAUUUUAUUGCCUGGUACCAAGUUUCAAAUCAGAGAAGUAAUAUAUGAAAGUGGAAAUCAAAAUUAUGUAAUAGUAAAAUUGAAACAUAAACACGAAUUAAUCACAAAGGCUGAAUGGCAAAUGCAAGUUAUGAACGAAAUUAAGAAAUUAAAGGAUACUCAAACUUUAUUUUAUGCAAAAGAUACAGACACUUAUCGUACAUCCAUACUUUGAUUCCAAAUUUUAUUUAAAAUUUAUUAAAAAUAAAAACAAACAACAAAAA